UCCAUAAACACACACACACAUUCAGAAAAUCAAAACCAUCACUCAGAAAAGAAAAGAAAAAAUCCAUAAACGUAAACACGUAAAAAAGUCGAAAAAUAAUGCAUUACCAGACCGGUUCAGGGUCAUGCAAGGUGCCAUUAAAACGCAGCGUUGCGACGGACCCGAUGGAGCGGAUAGAGAGGAUGGCGGCAGCGCACGCGGUGGUGAUCUUCAGCGACAGCACGUGCUGCAUGUGCCACACCGCGAAGCGGCUCUUCUGCAGCUUGGGAGUGAGUCCGGUGAUCUACGAGAUCGACCAGGACCCGAGGGGGGAGGACCUCUCCAAGGCGCUGCUGCGCCUCCACGGAGGGGCAGCGCCUGUGCCGACCGUCUUCAUCGGGGGGAAGCUCGUCGGGGCCAUCGACAGUGUGAUGGCGUCUCAUAUCAACGGCUCGCUUGUGCCGCUGCUUAAAGAGGCCGGCGCGCUCUGGCUCUGAUUAAUUAGUAGCAUUAAGUUUCUUUUUCAUUUAAUCAUUAUGUAAACCAGUUUCUAAUUCUAGGUAAUACUAGGAUCUCGUGUAGUUCUAGUUUUAUAGUGCUAAUAAUAAUAUAUAUCUCUUUUAUGCUCUUC